AUGCCGGCCGCUUCAGAAAAGAAGUUUCGAACUAAGCAGUCUCCGUAUUCCAACAAGAUCAUCAAAACUCAGCAGAAUGGACUCCAUCAGACACUUUUACAAGUUGCCCACGAGCAGAUCAUUGAUAUCAGAUCUAGCAAGUCUGAAAAUAACCCUGCAACGCUCAAACAAAGUGUUGCUGACGGCUUGAAUUUGAAAUCCUACAAACCGCACGCAGAAACUGCCCACGCUUUGAACAUUGCCGCGGAUGAGAAAAUACGCACCAUUCCUACCAUGGUGUUGUAUGAUGACAAGGGUCUUGACAUUUACGACAAGAUUACAUACGUCGAAGAUUAUUACUUGACGAAUGCAGAAAUUGAUAUCUUUCAAAACCAUGCUGCAGAGCUUGUUGGUCGUAUUCCUGACAAUGCUGUUUUGAUUGAGCUGGGAGUUGGCUCUAUGCGAAAGACGAAAUACAUCUUUGCUGAACUGGUCCGUCAAAACAAGCACUCUGUCACAUACUUGGCUUUGGACUUGUCUCUUGAUACUUUACGUGCUUCUGUAAAAGACAUCAAUGCUGCGUUCCCUUCUGUCAAAACCCUCGGUUUAUGGGGCACAUAUAAUGACUCGUUGAAAUGGGUCAAUGACAAUAUUCCAAAGGGAGUUGCUAAAAUCAUGCUUUGGUUGGGCUCUUCAAUUGGAAACAUGACACGUCCAGAGGCUUCUGAUUUCUUUUCAGCUGUACGAAACACGGCAUUGGAUGUUGGAGAUACGUUUGUUGUUGGUAUUGAUCGCCGUAAUGAUGCAAAGAAGAUUGAGUUGGCGUAUAAUGAUUCGUUGGGUAUUACUCGUGAUUUUAUUAUGAAUGGAUUGGUGCAUGUAAAUACACUAUUCGGCGGUGAUUUUAUUGAUCCUGCCAACUUUGAAUAUGUCAGUCGCUAUAAUGUGCUGGCAGGCCAGCACGAAGCAUAUUACCGCUCGCUUACUACUCAGACGCUCAAGUCUGAAGAACCUUACAUCAAUGUCACACUUGAAGCUGGUGAACUCAUCAACAUUGAAUACUCUGUCAAGUAUUCUAUGGAAGAAGUUGAUGUCCUCGCUGAGGCUUCUCAGUUCUAUCAUUUGGGAUCAUGGGCAGACACAAAGGAGCAGUACAAUCUGCAUGUCUUCCAGAAACCACCGUUCUUCUUUCUUCGUUCUCAAGUCAGUCUCAUGAAGUCUGCUCCAUCGGUUGAGGAUUUCAAGCGUUUAUGGUCAUUAUGGGAUACGGUGACAGGAAUGAUACCAACUGGAAAAUAUCUCGCUCGUCCCAUCGCGCUUCGACAUCCUUUUAUUUUCUAUUUUGGCCACAUCCCAGCAUUCCUGGACAUUCAAAUCUCUCGAUGCUUGGAACAGCCUUUUACUGAGCCAUGCUACUAUACUGACAUCUUUGAACGUGGUAUUGAUCCAGACAUGGAGGAUCCUUCAAAGUGCCAUCCUCACUCUGAAGUUCCCAACGAAUGGCCCAACGUUGAAGAAAUCUUUGACUACCGAGAUCGAGUUCGUGCUCGCAUCUUGAACUUGGUAGAAGAUUCAUCAAAGGUGUCCAAGAGGCUUGCUCGAACUCUCUUCAUGUGCUAUGAGCAUGAAGCCAUGCACUGUGAGACAUUCUUGUACAUGCUCGUCCAAUACCCACAUGUGUUACCGCCAAAAGGUAUCUCAGCACCCAUCACUCGAGCUCCCGCUAGCUCAUUACCAGCUCCAACUUGGACUUCAUAUACUGGUGGAGACACGAUACUCGGAGCUGAUGAUUCAGACGAUUAUGAUUUGGUCUCGUCAUCAGAAAAUAUCAAAGCUUUGACUUGGGACAACGAACGCCCUGCGCAUGUAGUUAAUGUCAAACCAUUCAGCAUCCAAGACAGACCAGUCGUUAUUGAAGAGUAUUUCAACUUUUUGGUCCAACAUGGUGGUGAUGGUUGGCAGAGUAGUGAUAAGGUGCCUGCAUCGUGGAGCUUUGAAGAAGGAGGGUCUGCUGAUCAGGUUGACAGUUGGCGUGUCAAGACUGUCUUUGGAAAGCUUCCACUGAAGCAUGCUCUCCACUGGCCAGUCUCCUGCUCUGUAGAACAAGCUUCCGCCUACGCAGUCAUCCAAGGUCGUCGCCUUCCAACCGAAACGGAAAUCGCUCAUAUUCGCAAUCGUGUCUUUAUUACAUCGUCAUCCAAUAUGGGGUUCUUGAGGUGGUGUCCACGUGAAGUUGAGUUUGAGACUGGAGUAGUAGGCAAUGGAUGGGAAAUGACUAGCACCAAGUUUGAGCCUUUUGAUGGAUUUGAGGCUUCUGCUCUGUACCCUGGUUACUCUGCUGAUUUCUUUGAUGACAAACACAACGUCUUGGUCGGUGGUUCAUGGGCUACUGUACCAACUAUCGCAGCUCGUAAAUCAUUCAGGAACUGGUAUCAGACUGGCUAUCCAUACGUUUUUGGCCAAUUCCGACUUGCUUUGUAA